AUAUUUGUGAUUCUAAAUAGUAUAAUUUCUUUAAAGAAAAUAAGUUUCUUAGUAUUGUUCAUGUCAACUCAAAACUCAAGAAAGCGGACACUGUUAGAAGGGACUAUCCAUCAGACCCAUGAUUCAGAACCUUCAGUAAAUCUUCCUCAAGCAAUGAUCACAGAAAUAUUAUUGAGACUACCCGUGAAAUCCCUUCUGAAAUUCAGGUGCGUUUCCAAGUCAUGGCUCUCUUUAAUCUCCAGUCCAAGAUUCAUCAAAACCCAUUUCGAAAUUUCAACUGAUAACAAUAUAUACUACCACAAUAAACUAAUUUUCAACUCAGAUUCAGCUUUUCAUAUUCUCCACACUUGUUCUUUUUACCCUGAAAUAGAUGAAAAUCCGAUUAUGGAUACUGUUCCGAUAUAUAAUCCUUUAUCUAACCCGCAGCGUUUAGUACGGAUUGUGGGCUCUUGUAAUGGGUUGAUUUGUGUAGUUUUGGAGCCAGGAAUUGUUACUAUUUUCAACCCAACUACUAGAAAAUCCAGAAAGCUACCCAUUUCUGGUACGAGUAACAGUCAUGCCAAGGAAUACGGGUUUGGUUACGAUGAAUCCAAUGAUGAUUAUAAAGUUGUAGAGUUCUCUUGGACAACUCUUAUAAUAUCGGCCGAAUUUGAAAAUGAAGUCAAAGUGUACAGUUCAAAAACCAAUUCAUGGAGAACUAUUAAUGGGCCAGCCGGUUUCGUUGUUUCCGACUGUAGUGUAUUUGUGAAUAGAGCUAUCCACUGGAAACUAUACCCCAAUGGUAAUCCAAUGGAUUGGUCUAUAAUUGCAUUCAAUGUUACGACCGAUAGAUACAAAAUGGUAGCAAAACCCAAGUAUGAAACAGGGCUUGUGAAUUCAUUGCUAGUGGUUUCAGCUGGACAGCUUUGUGUGUCAUGCCUAUAUUUUACACAUGAGGAUAUUUGGGAGAUGAAAGAAUAUGAAGUGGAAGAAUCUUGGACUAAAUUGGUUAAAGUUCCAACCAGCUUGGAACUCAAGAUGCAUAUUAACACACGUUCUUUCUUUGUUUCAGAAAAUGGUGAUGUGUUACUGAAGAAUGGGUUUAGUAUAGUGUUGUACAAGCCAUUGCAGUUUCAUGAAAUUCAUCCAUUGAAUAAGUGUAUUGAAAUUGAUGCUAAAGGCUAUAUUUUUUAUGUUGCUACCUACACUGAAAGCCUCGUCUUUCCUGAUUUUGGAUGGGAGCUAGCAUCAAAAUCUUGUUGAAUGUUACGAAAUCUUGAAAAUCUAGAACGGUGUAUAUGUUU